GACACUUCUCCAGGCUAACGCUAACAGCACCUGUAAACUAUAAAACUAGAGAGAGAGAGAGAUACGACAACGAGGCAAGAAUGAGUACAGAUGGACGCCGCUUGUUUGGAAACAUCAGCCUCAAAGACAAAUGGGAGCAGAAGGCCCAGAGCAUCGCCAACCAGAACAAGCAAGAGAAGGAGUGGCAGAAGAAGAGCUCUAUGUCUGUACUUGUUUCCAAAUGGUCAUACCACCAUACACUCAUCAAUGGGGACAAGGGCAAAAGUGGCCUGUCUGACUUCAAGAAGGCCACAAGCCACCUAGAGGAUGAUGAGGAAAAUAAGAAACCAAAGAUCCGCUUCAAAGUGGUGGCCCCUCCCCCUCCAAGACCUAAAACCCCACCCCCAGCCACUCCCCCUAUCACUCGCCGCAGAGAUUCACCCAAACUGAAACGGGUCAAGCGCAAAGUGGAGGUGGACGUCUUUAAGAUCUGCUGGAAGGACUCCUGGAUGAGCCUAAAGCCACCCAAGUACUUGUUCCUGAAGGCCAUGGAGCUACGGGAGCGGCUGGGAUUCACCCCCAUUCAAGUGGGGAACCAGAGAAGGUACAAGGGACAAUCACAGCUGAAGGACACCAGGGCAGCUCUCAUCGACCUCUGGAGUCUCUCGUGGAAAAAGAUAAAGGGCCCACUUAUUGGUGCGGACUUUGAUGAAGAGGAGUAUCAGUGGGAGCUCUUGUGUGCCCAAAGGCCUGCCAGAGCAGCAGCCAUCGCUCCAUAUUCACUUCCUGUGUGGGCAGGAACUUGGAAGAUCAUGAACUUUCCGUUCCGGCAACAGAAACCCAUGUGGGACCAUCCUUGUUCAAGCUACGAUCAGAUGCCAACUGACCGGCUGGACCUCAUCCUGAACAUUGAUGAAGAGGAUGAGCUGUUUGACUGGGACGGCUGGGAGGUGUCCUACAAACUGUGUCUGCCUGAAGAGCAUCACCCCGGCAGCCUGAGGGACGUCACUCCUCCAGGCUGGAGGCAGUCUUGGACCCUGGCCCAAAUGUGUGUGCCCACCCCAGAGCAGGAGCACUCCCAGUACUGGCUUUGCGGCGGGGGACGCACCUGCAACUACAGGUGGGGCCAGUGCACUGUACAGUCACAGCUCAAACACUGUGAGGAGCAGAUGAAGAAACAUCUGCAGACUUCACUUCUGCUCACAUCAGCUCUCAACCAGGAAGUACAGGCCAAAAACACCCAUUCACACGCCAGCGAGCAACCAGACUGGAUGGACUCAUGGAGGACUGUCAAAGGACAAGUCAUACUGGAAGAUGAUGAAGAGGAGGAAGAGGAGGAGGAGGGGGUUGAAGAGUACGAGGAAGAGUACGAGGAAGAAGAGGAGGAAGAAGAGGAGGAGGAAGAAGAGGAGGAGCGGGUUGAAGAGAAUGAGGAAGAGGAGGAAGAGGAAGAAGAGGAAGAGGGGGUUGAAGAGUAUGAGGAAGAGGAGGAAGAAGAGGAGGAGGGGGUUGAAGAGAAUGAGGAAGAGGAAGAGAGUGAAAAAGAAAACCAUCAUGAUUUUGGGAAGAAGAAAUCACGAUAUCACUACACAGAAAAUACAGAAGUUAAGAGUGAAAAAUUAUUCACAAACAGUAAAGACAUUCAGGAAACAACUAUUUGCCAAUCAGAGGAGGAGGGAGAGGAAGAGGAGGGAGAGGAAGAGGAGGGAGAGGAAGAGGAUGGGAAGGAGGAAGAGGAUGGGAACGAGGAAGAGGAGGAGGAGGAGGAAGAGGAGGAGGAGAGGAAAGUCAUGGAGGAGCAGAAGGAGGUAAAAAAAGGAGAAGACAGGAAGCAUACAAUGGAAGGGAAAGAAGAGACUAAGGAAACAGAUGAUGAGGAUGCGGAAGAGGAUGAGGAAGAGGAUGAGGAUGAGGAAGAAGUGGAGAGGAAUGAGCUGGAGGCGAAGAAGGAGGAGAAGGAUGAAGAAGAUGAAGAAGAGAAGCAGAUUAAGGUAGAAGAGGAGAUGAAUGACGAGGAAGAGGAGGGGGAGAAAAAGACAAAUGCAGAAGGGAGGAAGCAAAUGGAGGAAGAGGAUGAGCAGGAGGAGAUGGAUGAAGAUGAUGAGGAAGAGGAGACGAAUGACAAAAAAGUAGAAGAGAGAAAGGAGGAAGAACAGGAGAGAAAGAAGACACUAGAGGAUGAGGACAGGAAGGGGAGAGAUGAAGAUGAAGAGCAGGUUGAGGUGGAAGAGGAGAUGGAUGAAAAGGAGGAGAGGAAAGAAGAAGAGGGAGAAAAAAAGGAGAAUUCACAUACAGAGGGAACUACAGAAGAAUCAACGGAACAUGAAGAGGUCAAGGAGGACGAAGAGGACGAAGAGGAAGAGGAGGAAGAGGAGGAUGAGUUUGUAGAUGCAGAUGAAGGGGAGGAGGAAUCUGAAGAAGAGAAAGAAUCAUUUGUUGAUGUGGAGGAGGUGUGCAUCCCUAAAAGAGUGGACCAAAAAGAGGCAAAUAAAGAGGAGGAAGGAGGAGCAGAAAGACAAGUCGAAAGAGACAUAAGAAAACCUGAGGAAGAGCAGGAGAACAAGGGCGAUGAAGAGGAGGAGGAAGAGGUGAAUGCAGAUGAGGAAGAAGGGGAGGGGGAGGAGAGUGGUGGAGAGGACAAGGAGGACAUGGAAGAGGAAAAAGGAGGAAGAGAGGGAGGAAGAACAAAGGAAGAGAAAAUGGAUGAGCAGAAUGAGGAGAAUAAAGAGGAGGAAGGGAAGGACGAUGAAAAUGAAGAGGAGGAGGAGGAAAUAGAAAGAAAGGUCAGCAUAGAUGGAGAGGAAAUCGAGGCGGAAGAAGAGGAGGGAGAUGAUGAAGGGGAAAACGAAGAACCAACAAAGAAAAGAUCUAAUCAGCUGAUGAAGGAAUCAGACUUAGGAGACAGCGAGGAAGAGGAAGAAGAGGAAAGACACAAAGUAGAUGAAGAGGAGGAAGAGAAGCAAGAGGGGGACCACAAUGAAGAGGGGAUAGUGAAAGAGGAUGAGGAGGUAGUAAAAGAGGGUGAAGGGAAAAUAGACAAGGGAGAGGGGAAUGAGAAAGAUGGGAAGGAGGAGGAAGAGGAUGAACAGAAAGAUGAAGAGGAUGAAGAGGAGGGAGAUGAAAAGAAGGGAGAGGAGGAAGUGAAAGAUGAGAAUGAGGAAGAAGAGGGAGAUGAAGAGGAGGGGGAAGUAGAAGCAGAGGAAGGAGGAGAAAAGGAGCAGGAGAGGGGUGCUGGAUACCAGAGACUACAAAAAGAAACUACAAAUAAUGUUCCAAAAUUACACCAGGAAGUAACAUCAGAACAGAGAAGCUCCGCCUCUCAAAAACUGAAAGUAAGAAAGCCUAAGCCCCACCCUCCAGCUCCAUGUAAGAGAAGACUUGUGCCCAGACCUCCCCGAGUGGCAGAGAUUAGGCAGAAGAGGGAUGCAAUGCUGUCCGUUCCCCCUCAGCUGCAGUUCCACAUGCUCUGCUCCUCCUUCUCAGACUGGAGGCACUCGUCCUGGGCAGUGGCAGUGGCCCACCGUAGCAGUGCCAGUGAGGAGCCCAGAGGAGAGGGACUCAAGGAGGGGGAGGAGCACAUGGUCUGGAGCGAGUCCUGGAGGCUCUGUUCCUUUAAGAAGCCCAGCCAGGACCAUGUGGUGUGCUUCUCCUCAGAACACCACACCACCAAAGGUAUCCAGGACUACAGCCCUGUGGUCAGAGAGGGUUGGGGGGACAGCUGGAGGAGCAAUUGCACAGGACAGGCCCAGGAAGUGGAGGAUCCAGAGCAGACAAAUGAGGAAGAGGAGGAGGAAGACUACAGUUGAGGACACAGACUAGUGAUUAUAUAGUCCAGGGCUAAUGCUCCCUAAAGUUAUGCUCCACAGACCAGGAUGAGGCUUAUGCAUUGACUCAAAUGUGAAAAGGAGAUCUCUGACAUUUGCGUCUGUAUGAAACAGUGUCCUAUAGACCCCAUAGAACUCUGAGCUCAAAACGUUUAGAACAAAAUGUGUUGUCUUUACAUUUUGCCUGUACAGUUCUAAAAGUAUUUGGAGCAAAACAGGACUCUUCACCACAAUAAACUAGAUUUUGAUGAUUUGGAAUAUUUCGCUAUAAAUUGAAAUGAGUCUCUUACAGUGCAGCCUCAAUGAGGUAUGUGCUUUGAACUGAGUGGGUAACUGACCUCACAGUGGAAGGGUCAGACUUACAAAAUAACUGUACUGUGAUGAAACAGGUCCAUCCUUAAGUGCGCUGUCCCCAAGGAGGGCUGUGAAGAUGCACUACCUGUUUCCAUAUCUGCCUCGCUCAGCACUCCAAAGCCAUUCAUUAACAAACGCAUAUUAAACUAUGUUGUCCAUAGCCUUUAAAGAAUGUUCUGCUGGGACUAAGGGUGUACACUUAGAAGCGCUAGUUUUGCCCAUCUAAAUCAUCCUAAAUUCGUUCAUUUACUUACUCUCAUGCUGCCGCCCCUCCCUCCUCCUUCUGCGUUUUGCCAAAUCCGGACACAUCCUCACCGGUAGUUUAAAUAACUGUGGUCAUCUGAGCCACAGAUAAUUUGCAUGGACAAUUAUUCAUAUUUUCUGCUGAUUUUAAGUGUUCUACGUAACUUUGUGAUUUUGUUUUAAAGCUAUUGUCUCUAGGCAACUUUUGGCACAUGAAGUAUUAGCAAUUUAAUAGUAGAAAUGGUGUAAAUACUCUUUUCAGUGGGUGUUAUGUAAUGUGGGAGGGCCAAACAAGGGUAUAUAGGUGCACUCUGCAGCUCUGCAAUCUGUAUUAUCCAGGUUACAGUGGAGGCAACUCGUGCUAAGAGGAUAGAGGGGGGCUUAAAGGGGAAGUCAACUCUGAAACUGUUGCUUUUUUUUCUUGCCUCUAAAUUUUACUUUUAAAAUGACUUUCAUUGUAAAUAAUAUUGAAGCACAUUUGGCACUUUUUUGCACUGUUGGAGAGCACAAUAAACCAACCAGAAACACAUAUCCUGACUGAGUCUGAAUUUCUUGGAAGAAUCCCACCACAUGCCAUCACAGCCAAAGAGGCAGUC